CCUCCUCUUCUAGAUGAGAAGCAGCAGCAGCAGCCCCGGCCGAGCAGCGGAUUGCUGGCAGAGGCGUCUGGAGGGGUCGGACUAGCAGGCCGAGGAGAGGCGACGGGGCUGGGUCCGCGGGAGAGCCAUGGGGAACACCGUGGCUCGGGAGGAUUUCGAGUGGGUUUAUACGGACCAGCCGCACGCGGACCGGCGCAAGGAGAUCCUAAGUAAACAUCCAGAAAUAAAAACUUUGAUGAAACCAGACUACAACUUGAUCUGGAUAGCUACGCUGAUGGUCCUUGCACAGCUAGUUGCCCUUUACCUAGUUAAAGAUUUGGAGUGGAAAUGGGUUAUAUUUUGGUCAUAUGUGUUUGGCAGUUGUCUUGAUCAUUCUAUGACUCUGGCUAUUCAUGAGAUUGCCCACAACAGUGCCUUUGGCAAUGGUAAACCUCUGUGGAAUCGAUGGCUUGGAAUGUUUGCCAAUCUCGCACUUGGCAUCCCAUACUCUGUAUCCUUCAAGAGAUAUCACAUGGAUCACCAUCGUUAUCUUGGCGGUGAAGGAGUUGAUGUGGACAUUCCUCUUCCCAUUGAAGGAUGGUUUUUCUGUACCCGUAUUCGAAAAUUCUUUUGGAUUAUUCUUCAGCCCCUAUUCUAUGCUAUUCGGCCUCUUUUUAUUAAUCCCAAACCAAUCUCUCGACUUGAAAUAAUGAAUUUGUCAAUUCAAUUUCUCUUUGAUGUUAUGGUAUACUAUGUCUUUGGAGCAAAAUCACUUGUCUACCUGAUAACAGCAGCUCUGCUUGGGCUAGGCUUGCACCCUAUUUCAGGACACUUCAUAGCUGAACAUUACAUGUUUUUAAAGGGAUAUGAAACAUAUUCCUACUAUGGUCCGCUUAAUAAACUUACAUUCAACGUUGGCUACCAUAAUGAACACCACGACUUCCCUAAUGUUCCUGGGAAAAACCUUCCACUGUUGAAGAAAAUGGCCCCUGAAUACUAUGAUCAUCUGCCACAGUAUAACUCCUGGGCAAAAGUGCUUUAUGAUUUUGUGAUGGAUGACACUAUCAGCCCUUAUUCACGCAUGAAAAGGCAUUUAAAAGGUGAAGUGAAAUUGGAGUGAAAAAAAAAAUUCUCUGCCGCCUCCAAGGACAUAGACUCAUGGAAGCUGGUACAAAGGUUUCGUUUGAUCAGGAUGUAUUUGCUUUGUAUCUUAACCUAGUCUGGACUAUGAAUAUAUAUGGAUUACAAUCUAGAACAAGAUCUCUGAAUUAAAUAUUGCUGGAAAUAGAA